AAAAAUAAAGACAAUUGUCAUUUGUCAAUCAAAAUUGUUGUGAUAUUUCAUUCUCAUUGAUUGCAUUUUGCAUUAAACUGUUUUAUUAUUUUUUACCUUAUCAACAAUGAACAGGAUUUUCGGUCGAGGUAAACCCAAAGAACCGGGUCCCAGCAUCACCGAUUGUAUCAGCAAUGUCGAUACUAGAGCGGACAAUAUCGACCAAAAAGUGCAAAAACUUGAAGCGGAGCUUAGGAAAUAUAAAGAUCAAAUGACGAAAAUGAGGGAAGGACCUGCUAAAAACUCCGUAAAGCAGAAGGCUAUGAGGGUCUUAAAACAGAAGAAAAUGUAUGAGCAGCAACUUGAGAAUCUCAGAGCGCAGUCAUUCAAUAUGGAGCAGGCCAACUACGCCACUCAAACGUUAAAGGACACUCACGCCACCAUCGCCGCCAUGAAGGAUGGAGUCACACAAAUGAAGAAAGAGUUUAAGAAAAUCAACAUUGAUUCUAUUGAAGAUGUGAAUGAUGACUUAGCAGACAUGAUGGAGCAGGCUGAUGAAGUCCAGGAGGCUCUUGGCCGCCAGUAUGGCAUGCCAGAGAUUGAUGAUGAUGAACUGGCUGCAGAACUUGAUGCACUGGGUGAUGAAAUAGCGCUAGACGACGACGCUUCGUACCUGGACGACGUGGUCAAGGCACCGGCCGCGCCUGACAGGGAGCCGGGCGCAGACAGCGUGAGGAACAAGGACGGAGUGCCUGUCGAUGAAUUUGGCUUGCCGCAGGUGCCUAACGCAGCGCAGACUUCGCGUUGAUAAUGAACUUAAGAAUACAGGUUGUACUUUUGAAAUUCGGGCUUUUUAAAUGUUCGCGAAACCAUCAUGAUGAAGCAAAACAUAAGGCACUAUCAUUACUUAUUUGCAUUGAAAAUUAUAUAUAUUAAUAUUUCGAUAUGUUAAGUCAUAAAUAGUUAAAUUUUAUAAAAAUCGCAUUGUAUAAAGUGUUAAUAAAUUCGAAAUUGGUUGUAAUAGGUAUGUUAACUUACCUUACCAUACUUAAUUGUCUUGAAAAAUAUCAAUGUGUAAGCAGAUUACAUACAUACAAAGUAACCUAAUACACAUACAAAGUUGCUUAUAUUUUCAAAUAACACAACACACAACUUCAAUAAUAUAUGUAUGUUGCCGUUAUUGUAAACUUAUAUAUGUAAAGUAAUUAAGUUGAUAUGUUAAGCAUUAAUAUAAAAUAUAAUUUGUACUCAUAUGAUUUUUUAUUAUAUUUUAUCUACGUAAAAGUGUUUGAAUCCUGCAUCACAAUAUUACGACAUUACGACGGUAUUGAAAAAUAAACUGUUUUAAGAAAGAAACAGA